AUGCGACCUCUUUCGGACAUUCGAGAACUUACUGAGCCCAGUCUAGUCGAUGCUUUGGAGAAAAGACCGACAACAAGCGUCCAUCGUCAACACAGCGCUAGAAUAAGUCGGCAGAGUUCGCUUAGGAGAGGCCCCUCAUUAAGGCGUGCCGGCUCGGUCAGGAUCAUUGAACCAAUUGGAAGCUCCAGCUCUAGUUAUAAAGAUGACUUGGUUGCAUCCGAGUCAACUAUCGACACACCAGAAAGCCUGCGCGACGGCUCUAGCCUAUACGGCAUACCCAUCUCAAGCAUACCUGCUCGCCAGUCCUCAACCACUCGUGACCGUCAAAAACAUCACCGGAGUACCACCUCGAGAUCGUCUCCCACAUCCGUUCAACGAACUGCCAAUCGAACCAUUCCUUAUCGCGGGCCAACGCAUUCGCCUGUCAAGCAGGUUAGAGCCCGCUUGGAUGCCGUUGGAUCUGAUACAUCGAGACGAACACCGUCCGCUACCUUCAUUCGAAACCCUGUUCCCCGAGAUAUCCUCGAAUUUCCUACUCAUCGCCAUCCUCGCAUUGGUGUUGAUCUACAGAUAGCAGCCCCACUGUUUGUUGGUGGAGGAACUGUCGAGGGCUUCGUGAGAGUCAUUAUUGACGAAGCAGAUAAGUCACGCACCAAGAAGAGUCUCACUCUCGGUAGAAUAGCAGUCGAUCUCGUUGGGACCGAAGAAACAUCGAGCAAUCGCAAGGCAAUUUUUUUGUCGCUGGGAACAGAGUUAAUUGACUCGACUCAUCCACCACCUCGCAACAUGAUCGAACCGCAGGACUUCCCGGACGCCGAUUGUUUCUGGUCUCUAGUACCUUCGUUCACCAGCCUGCCAUUUGUCAUCAGUCUACCUCUGGAUACAGGGCCGCCACCUUUCCACUCGAAGCACGCUCGUAUUCGAUUCGUCCUUUGUGCUACCAUUCUGAUCAAAGAUGGAGGCCGGCAGUACUUGGUUCGGUGCUCUGAGGACAUAGCUGUGUUGCCUACAUAUGACCCAGAGAAGGCUUUGAGAUCACUGCCGAGUCCACUGACCGCGUCCGACGAGCAAUCUUUUUCACGAUCUGGACUCCUCGAGACAGCCAAGAUGACUGCGGGUCUACAUCGACAAGUUUGGGUGAGCGGUAGCAGCAUCUUUGUCGAUAUCCACAUUGCCAAUGGUAGUCGCAAGACCAUCAAAAAGCUUGAUUUGAGUCUAGAAAGGGACAUACUGUGCUAUAGACACGCAGCAGCAGCUACCUUGGAACAGUCUGCUAGCCAAGCAAGAAUAUUUGAGAGCAAUGAGCGAUCAAUAUUAAGCAAGCACAGCAUGAAGCAAGGUGCCAAUGGCUGGACCGGCGUCGAAGCAUACGGAUCCAUCACAAGAACAUGCGACCUUGAGAUCCCACGAGGGCAUGCCACUGUGAAAUGUGGCAAUUUCUUUGAAGUACGAUAUUUCCUCAAUGUCACUGUUGGAGGGUCUCGCACAAAAAUAUUGUCUGUUCAGCUUCCCAUUAUCGUCAUUCACAUGAAUUCAUUAGAUGUCCUGCCAAACUCUGUGGCUCAGGUUGCUGCAGCGAUCGAGGAGAAACGCACACAUCAUCGCAGCCACAAGCGUGUCACAUCCCAGGCCUCUACUCAAGUUGCUCAAAGUUCAGCUUCGCCGGGGCGAGUGGCUGCUGCUGCCAUGACGCGCCCAUCCAGACUGCAGGGUCGCGCCUUCGCCGCACCACGACAACAGUCUCUUGAGCGUUUGCGUGCUUCAGCGGCAGAUCUCCGACAACUCGAAGAAGCUCUGGAAUCUUCACCAAGAAAA